GAAACAUGAAGCAUCCGUUGUGGUUUUGAUAGGGAUAAAAAAAAACACAAACGCGGCGUUGUUUUUUUCCGACAAGAAAAAAGAUUCAAAAUUUUAUCGGGAGAAGGUUUUGUCUGAAUCAUUUCUUUCGAAAGGUUUUUGAGUCUUUUUUUGAAAAAUGGGUUUGGAGAAAAAAUCUGCAUUGUUGGAAGAUUUGAUUAAGCAAUGCGGUGGUUGUGCGGUGGUCGACGGUGGUUUCGCUACCCAGCUUGAGAUUCACGGCGCCGCUAUUAAUGACCCUUUGUGGAGUGCUGUUUCUCUCAUCAAGAAUCCUGAACUCAUCAAAAGGGUUCACAUGGAAUACUUGGAAGCUGGUGCAGACAUUGUGGUUACUUCAUCUUAUCAGGCUACUAUCCCGGGGUUUGUUUCGAGAGGUUUAUCGACGGAAGAGAGCGAGUCUUUGCUACAAAAGAGCGUAGAAUUAGCUGUCGAAGCUCGUGAUAAAUUCUGGGACAAAGUGAGCAAAAUUACAGGACAUAGCUACAACAGAGCUCUUGUUGCUGCUUCUAUUGGAAGCUAUGGAGCUUAUCUUGCUGAUGGCUCUGAGUACAGUGGAAACUAUGGUGAGAAUGUGAAUUUGGAUAAACUAAAAGACUUCCAUAGGAGAAGACUUCAAGUUUUAGUGGAAGCUGGUCCUGAUCUUCUUGCCUUUGAAACCAUACCGAAUAAACUCGAGGCUCAGGCGUGCGUUGAGCUUCUGGAGGAAGAGAAUGUGGAAAUCCCAGCAUGGAUCUGCUUCACAUCUGUAGAUGGUGAGAAAGCUCCAUCAGGUGAGAGCUUUGAGGAAUGCCUCGAACCUCUUAACAAAAGCAACAAUAUCUAUGCUGUUGGCAUUAACUGUGCGCCUCCUCAAUUCGUCGAAAGUCUUAUUUCCAAAUUCGCCAAGCUGACCAACAAGGCUAUCGUUGUCUACCCGAAUAGUGGAGAGGUUUGGGAUGGAAAAGCCAAACAAUGGCUGCCAUCACAAUGCUUUGGUGAUGAUGAAUUUGAGAUGUUUGCAACGAAAUGGCGUGACCUUGGAGCUAAACUCAUAGGAGGGUGUUGCAGGACUACACCUUCCACCAUUAAAGCUAUCUCCAGAGAUUUGAAAAGAAGAUGAGUUUUUCUGAGAAGAAGAUUAAAGAUUCUUUCAAACUUGUUAACUAGCUUAAUACCUUGACCAUUUGUUAGGGCUAUCUAUCAGUGUUCUGUUAUUUCUUGUUGUUCAAGUUUUCUUUGUUGUCUGAUUUAUAUGUAUCGGUAACAAACUAGGACUUGGGCUUUUUAUAUGUAAAAGCCCAUAGUUGUCUUUUUAUAUUAUUUAUCAAAAUAGCCCGAUUUGAAUCUUUAA